AUGAAAUCUUCACAGAAAGAGCAUAUAUUAAGAGAAUAAUCAAGCAGUUCAUUUGUUCUGCCUUCAGAUCUAGAUAAUGACAAUAUAUCUGAUAAGGAGGUCGAUAGCUUUAGAUAAAAUCGAAAAACUUCUAGUGGAAAUCAAAAUUAAAAAGAAAACAGUAAAUCACAUUUGGAUUUGAGUUUCCCAGAGGGGACCUAAGAUGCAAGAUAGGCUAACUCCAUAAAUAAUCAUAAAUUUGCUUAUAAGCUUCAAACUUACCCCUAUCCAAAUAUUUCUGAUGCCAUGCUUUCACCGAUUCUAAGUCAAGAUUAAGACUAAGAUAGGAAUGCUCCUGAGACCUAGAGUAAUAAGGCAGGCCCAGUCCCUAGUAUUUUAACAAUUCGGAAAAAUGAAGAGAAAUCUCAAUCUAAAUAAAAUAAUUAGCCCUAAUACAGAAAGAGCGAGACAGAUAAAACAGCUCCAUAGAGCAUUAAUAAAGGACAGGCCUCUCCUGAUCGAAAUCCUUAAUCAUAGUUUAGCAUCAACAAUGCAAGCAUAGUUCAUCCAAUAUCAGAUUUGAACGGAUUGAGCUACAAUGGUAAAAGCCAUGAAGCAGCACAGAAAUUAACUCCUCCAGAAAAGGAUAGAAAUGCAGUAGAUUCAGCUCAUUACAUAUCUACAAAUACUAAUGGCAAAAGCAUGCAGUAACCUUAAAAUGGUAAAUAAUAGAAUCCAAAGAUAGAUCAUCUUGCUCAAAAUUAGCCAUAAAACAAGACCAACAAUCAGAGUCAUAAAAGAGGACCUUCCUAGGUUUCAAAUUAAGGACCCGAGUUGACAUUAGAUGAAGACAGUUAUGAGGUGGAUCGAUAUAGAAGGGAAAAAUCUCUACGAAAGGAUGAAGAAGGUCUCUUUAAUGAUGAUUCAAUGGUUUCUGCUAUACAGCGAUCUGAUUAAAACCCUCAGUUUGUUGAAGAUAACGAUGUUGAUGUUGAUGAAAGCUCUGCUCGUAGACUAAUUAAACAGGGGUCAAAUUAAAAUCUGAUUAGAAAUAAAAAUAACAAAUAAAAAUAGCCAGAAACCAUGUCUUAGUUACAAUUAGAUGAGAGAACAGCUCAAAAUACAAAGUAAAAUUCUACAGUUAUAACUGCAAACAAUCGAAAUGAAUUAAUUAACUUCAUUGACUAAAGUAAAGAAUAGUCAUAAGAAAGAGAAAAGAUGUUUCCAAUACUUAGAGGUAAAUAGACACCAACUGAUCCACCUAAAUCCCAAUUUUAAGAAUAUAAUAAAAGCCUAAGAACUAAUAAAGUUACACCAAUUUAAACUAACAGUAUCAUCACUGAACUAAAAAACAAGAAAAAAUCAUUAGAAGAUCUUAAAAGCGGGGAGGAUGACUACUUCUAAUUCAGCACGAUAGGGAAGAUUCAUUAGCAGCAGAGAAGACCUUCGAGGAAUGUAAGAGCAGGGCUUUUAAAUAAAUCAUCUACAGAAAAACAUUCUAGUAAGUUGAAUUAAAUGACUGUACUCACCCUAGGAAGUAAUAAAAAUAACAAAGAAAAUACAGAAAUGGAUGACUUAGCUGAUGAAAGUGAGGUGGAACGAUCUUGUCUUUUGGAUGAUUCAGUUCUAAAAAAGCAACUCUAUAUGCCAAAUGUAGCAGGAAACAAAAUAUAGAUCUAGCAAGAAAUUGGUGUAGUUAUUUAAAAAGAGGAUGUCAGAUUUCAUGAUGAAAUGAUCGAAAAUGAUGAUUCGUUUUAUAGAAUAGUUGAUAAAGAUUCCAUUGAAGUGGUAGAGUCUUAUCAUGAUAGAUGUCCAUGUCUGAAUCUAAGAAAGGAUAUUAUGAAAUUAAGAGUAUACAUUAAUAGAUUCGCGUUGGCUAUAAUUACUAAUGGUAUUUUCGAAUCAGUUUCAAUCUUUGUUAUCGUUAUUAACUCUAUGUUUCUAGCUCUUGAUGAUCCAUUGGCUACUGACCCUCCUGUUUAUGCUGAGUUCAGUGAGUUAAUAUUUUAAGUACUUUAUACAGUGGAAAUGGUAUUGAAAAUUUUGGCUAUGGGUUUUAUAAUUGGUAAAGGUUCUUAUUUGAGAGAUUCUUGGAAUAUUUUGGACUUUAUUAUAGUAAUGAGUGGCUAUAUUGGAUACAUAUUUUAAGGAGGAGGUGCAAAUCUAUCAGUGCUUAGAUCAUUCAGAGUUAUCAGACCUCUUAGAACAAUUUCAAGUAUUUAGGGUUUACGUAUCAUCGUGCAAGCACUUAUUAGUUCUCUACCCUUGCUUAGAGAUACCAUACUUGUGCUCUUAUUCUUCUUUAUUAUCUUUGCAAUUGCUGGUGUCCAGUUAUUUACUGGUGAGCUAAAGAACAGAUGUUUCUGGAUUGAGACAGGAUUGAGGGUAAAACCUAAUGUAAUAUGUGCUGUUGAUACAGAUUGUAGGGCAAAUUAAUUUUGCGGUAAGAGCAAUGAAAAUCCGAAUGGUGGAGCAACAAGUUUCGAUAAUGUACUCUAUGCUAUGCUGUUGAUUUUCUAAACUGUCACCUUGGAAGGAUGGACAUCAAAUAUGAGGGAUCUUGAGCAAGCUGUGGCAACCUGGGUUAUCGCUUACUUUAUUCCUAUAGUCUUUAUUGGCGCCUUUUUCUUGCUAAAUUUAACAUUAGCCGUUAUUAAGAGUAAAUUCACUGAGGAAAUGAGAAAAAACAAGGAAAAUGGGCCAAAAAAGAAGAAAAAGAUCAUAAAAAAGAAAGGUGUUGAUGAUUCAGAUCAUGAUUAGAAUGAGUAAAAUGAUGAUGAUAGCAGAGAUGACGACUAGAAAUAAAAAGAGAGAAUCGAAGGUAUGACUAUUUAACAGAUAGAAGAAGAUAAGGGGAUUUCACCUGAGCAAAAAAGAGCAAUUAAAUAAAAAAGAAAGCUUGAGGAUCUAAUCAAGAAGAUGGAAGUCGCAUUAAAGCAAAAAGAAGUUAAAGAUAAAAUCACGCCUAGAGAUAAUGUUACAUUAGAAUCAAGCAGAUUAAAAAAUAAGAUAUCUAGUAGACUAGAUUCAGAAGGUAGUCCAAACUCGAAGAUUUUCAGCUUGCCAAAUUACGGAGAUCUAUUCAAUUCUAGACUUGUCUAGGGAGCGCAAGCAAGAUAGGUCUCAGACUUUACAGAGAAAUAUGAAAAUCUUAAUUAGUAAUGGGAAACUAAAAUAGGAAAAGUAGGUUAAGCAAGCUAGAAAUAACCUUCAUUCAAAAUAAAAGCUGAGGAAACUAUUAAAGAGGAUGAUGAUGAAUCUCAUGAUUUAUCAGUACUUCUUGAAGAAGAUGAUAGAAAGCAUAAGUAAUAAGCAGCAUUAACAGCUGAUGAGUUGGAUAAGAAGGAUUCUAAGCCUAGGUUUAAAAUCAACAAUAUGCAGGCUAUUAAUGGGAUUAAGAAAUCUGGCAAUCAAAAGAAUAAGUAUUAGACAGUCUCAACUUGGCUUGGAUAAGUAUUUGAAUUAGAAAAUUCGAGAGAUAACUCUGUUAAUCUUAGCAGCAAAGUUGUUAUGAGUGGAUUUGCUGGAAUAAAAAAUCGGAAACUAGGUCUUGCUGGAAACAUGCAGACACCUACAAAGGAAUAAGAAUAAACUGAAGUAGAUAAGAAAAAGGCUGCCUUUGAAAAGCUUCAACAAAACUUCGAUAUAUUUGAGUUUGUCGAUAGUGAAGAUGGGCUCGGGGAUGAUGAGCUUUCUAAUGAAGAUCAAAGUCCUAAAAAUGUAGAGGUUGAUAUGAUGAUUGGAGAUAUGGAAUUAAUAGAUGAUAGAACUAGAAUGAUGAAUUCUAAUGGCCAUAGCAUCGACAAAUAUGACAGAAAAUCCACUGUUGCUACUAAUGACGCAAAAUCCUUCACUAAAAGAAAUAAUUAAGAUAAAAAAGUUUUAAUUGAUGGUGAAUCAAAUUCGGAGCCAGCUGAAAUUAGACUUCCACCAAAGUUAUCAGCUCCUAAUAAAAAGCCACCAGCUGGAUUUAAAAGAAGAAAGACGCAAUUUAUGAAGCAUGGUGGACUUAAAGAAAUAUAAGAAGAGAUAAAGGAGGAAAUUUAAUUGCCUAAAAAGUCAUUCAAAGAAAAAGCUAUGUCAUUAUUCAAGAAAUCCUCACCUAAAAAGAAAAAAGAUGAGAAAGAAGCAUUGAUGAAAAAAGAGACUUAAAAAUCUGAUAGCAAUUAGUCACUUAACAUGACCAUUUCAUAGUUUAAAUAAAGUUUGAAAAAUAGCUUCUCUAAGAAACCAACUAGAUCUUAAAGCCAAUAUGAAUAAAGUCCAAAAGGAAGUAAAACUUUUAAUACUGAUGAGGGAGUUUUAUCUCCAAAAGCUACAGUAAGGGCAAAAUCAGAAUUCAAUAGGAGAAAGGAACUUCAUAAAGAGACCAUAGAAUUUAAUAAAAGAAUUGAGGUGAUGAGAGAAAAGAGAAAUUAAUUUUUUGCUGAGUCAGUCAGAACAAUUGGUAAAUCUAAGCUCUAAUUAAAGAAAGAAAAAAAUGAAAAGAUACUCUAAAAAAGAUUUAUCAGCUUAGGAGGUGGUUUUGAAAUGCCAAACUAAAAUAAAUCGAACUUUCAGAAGAGAAGAUUAAUGAGAAGUGGUACAAUGACAAAUGAAAUGUAGCAAAAAAUAAUUGAUAGCUAGCCUAAACUUGAAAACGUAGCAAAGAAACCAUCUUUUAUGGAUCAAGAAUUUAUGAAGGAGUUAAGGUAAAUGAAAGAUGAGGUAAAAUUAAUAGUAGAAGAAGAUGAGCCUAUUCCAGAUGUUGAGGAAGUACUAUAAAAGAAGAAAAAGAAAAUCUCUCUUAAACUGAAGAAUUAUAAAUUCAACUCGAUUAAUGAUGUUUUUGAAGUAAGAGAUGAUAAUGAUUUUGAAGAUGAAAAAACUAAUUUGGAAAAAAUAAAAAAAAAGAAUUUACAAGAAACUGUUGCCAAGGCAAAAGAAAAAUAAACAACAAUUGUUUAAGGUUUUUAAAAGAAGCUACUGUUAUAGCCAAAGAGGUAUCAUGAAGACCUUGAAGAAAUCAAAGACUCAGAUGAUAACUAGGAUGAAGCAUUAAAAAAGUUAGAAGAUCUUUAUAAUAAGACUCACAAAUCUGAUAUUUAUGUUACUGGCACUUUAUCUAUAGUAUUUGAUAAGCCUAAACAUGAAAAUAAAAUGAUGAAUAUAAACUACUAUUACAACAUUCAUCCGGAUUAAUUUAAAACUAAUCAUCAUCCACAACAUCAAAUUGAUUAUAACGCAAGUAAUAUGAUGAAUCAAAGUUAGUUUAACAAUACAAUUAACAACAACAAUAUAUUUAUCAGUGCUUUUGGGGAACCUGAGAGGUUAGAAAGCAAAGAGUCAAUUUAUGAUUAAAAUAUGUCAAUGGGCUCCCUUGGAGGAGGUAGUGUCAUCAGAUCCCAAGAGCACUCAGUUAGAAAAGAAAAUAUAAAGAAUGUUUAAAUGCAAAGGCCAGGAUCUAAUAUGUCAUGA